AUGGAAUUUCGACGAGUGGUUCGCGCCUCAACCGGACACAAUCUGAAUGAGAAUCUCGUGAAGCUGCUCUUCCGCAUUUUCGAUACGAACAACGACGAUCGCCUUUCGUAUACCGAAUUCAUUGGUGUGAUGAAUGAUCGCGUACGGCGCGGUUUCAAGGUAUCUUUGUUUGGUUUCGUUCUGGGAAAUCCAACUAGGAAAGCCAGGGAAGUGAAAUAG